AUGGCGCUGCUGCUGCGAUGGCUGCUCCUCCUGGCGGCAACGGCGGUUGCUGCGGCCGUGGCGAAGGCGCAGCCGCUGGCGUCGCGGACGGACCUGGCGGCGCUGUACAGCCUGCGCGCCUCGCUGGGGCUGCGCGCGCGGGACUGGCCGCUGAAGGCGGACCCCUGCGCGCGGUGGGCGGGCGUGGACUGCGCCGCGGGCCGCGUCGUGGGCGUCACCGUCGCGGGUCUCCGCCGCACGAGCCUGGCCACCGCCCAGGCCCCGGGGCUCGCGCUCGAGGGGCUGCGCAACCUCACCGCACUCGCUCGCUUCAACGCCUCCGGGUUCGCGCUCCCGGGGGAGAUCCCGACCUGGUUCGGCGCCGGCCUGCCUGCGCCGCUCGCCGUGCUCGACCUCUCCUCCGCCGCCGUCAAUGGCACGCUGCCGCCCGAUCUCGGCGCCUCCGGGAACCUCACGGUCGUGCACCUGUCCGGGAACAGGCUCACGGGCAACAUCCCGGCGCCGCUGCUCUCCGUCGCGGGACUCCGCGUGCUCGACCUCUCCCGCAACAACCUCACCGGAGCGCUGCCCAACGUCUCCGUCUCCGUCUCCCUCGGCGGCGCUGGCGACGCAGCCAACGCCUCCGUGUUUAACGUCUCCGGGAAUUCUCUGUAUGGUGUCGCCGCCGAUGCCAUUGGGGCGCUCAGGAGAAGGUUUCAGGUCGUCGACGUGUCCAGCAACUACUUGGAUGGAGCUUGGAACGGGUCUGACACAAGAUUGCUUGCCACGACGAAUUGCUUCUACGGUGUGCCGGGUCAGCGCAGCCGCGCGGAUUGUGAGGAGUUUUACAGGAAGCAAGGCGUCCAGCUUGUUGAUCCUCCAGCGCCCUCGCCUGUGCCUUUGCCAGAGCCAUCGCCUUCACCCUCACCAGAGAAGAAGAAGAAGCAGAGGAUCUCCGAAAAUGUACUCAUCGGAGUCCUUGUAGCCGCCGGAACACUGAUGGCUCUGUUUUUUAUUGCACUGCUGCUCUGUUUGGUGAAGAGGAGAAGCAGAGGGACAACAGGAGGGAGGGGAGUGGAACUAAAUGAGGAAGGGACGCGCUCUUCACGGAGGAGGGAUAGCAGUGUCAGUCCGGUGAUGUCAUUGCCACCGGCAGUGUCUCCAGGUGCUGAUGAUGGACCCAAGAAUGCACCUGCCAUUUCUGGUGAGUUCACCUAUGAGCAGCUUGUCCUUGCCACUGGCGGUUUUGGCGACGACAAAUUCAUCAAACACGGGCAUUCGGGGGACAUCUACCAUGGUGUGUUGGAGAAUGGCUCCCAUGUCAUUGUUAAGAAGGUUGGUGCAAAGGGUGCCAACAAACAUGCGAGUGAAUUGGAUUUCUAUACGAGGUACUCGCACGAAAGGAUUGUCCCGUUACUCGCGCAUUUGAGCAAUGAUGAUGAGGAAUUCCUGGCUUACAAGUACAUGCCAAAGGGGGACUUGACCAAUGCAUUGCACAAGAAACCUGUAGACACUGCAGAUGGCUUGCCCUCCCUGGAUUGGAUAACUAGACUGAAGAUUGCAACUGGCGUGGCUGAGGCUAUGUGCUUUCUUCAUGAUGAAUGUAGCCCGCCCUUGGUUCACAGACAUAUCCAAUCAAGUAGUGUCCUUCUCGAUGAUAAAUAUGAAGUGCGACUUGGGAGUAUGAGUGACAUAUGCAUCCAGCAAAGUGGGGGAAGCCAGAAUGUCUUCACUCGGAUAUUGAGAUCGUCAAAGUCUCUCGACAAGCACACAUCAGGUCCACCGGCCACUUGUUCCUACGACGUGCUCUGCUUCGGCAAGGUGCUGCUGGAGCUGGUGACCGGCAACAUCGGCAUCAGUGGUUCAAACGACGCGGCCUCGGAGGAAUGGCUGUCGAACACGCUGAACCACAUCAACAGCGGCGACCGGGCGAGCAUCGCCGGCAUCAUAGACGCGCUGCUCCUGGUGGACGAGGACCACCUGGAGGAGGUGUGGGCGGUGGCCAUCAUCGCCAAGACGUGCCUGAGCGCCAAGCCAUCACGUCGGCCCACGGCGCGCUACGUGCUGCGCGCCCUGGAGAGCCCGCUGCGCGUGGUGCGCCAGGGCUCGUCCCGGUCCAGCUCUGCGCGGCAGCAGCUCCGGAGCUCGUCGUCCCGCAGCUCGUGGCAGUCCGUGUUCCAGGGGAACCACCGGGUGCAGAGCCUGGACGCCGCGGCGGCGGCGACAUCGGCAUCGGCGUCGGCGCUUGACCGGCGGCACUCACUGCGGUCGCACGGUAGCGGAGGCGAGGCGUCGUCCUCGUUCAAGAGAGCUGUGCCGACGGACGCCGCGCCGGAGCCGGCGGCGGCUGUGCUCGACGAGGACGACGUUGUUGUGUAG